GCAAUAAUUACUCACUACCGGACAUGGAAACUCUGAGCAUUGAGCAGUAACUUGUCUAGCUAGCCAGCGAAUUGCAGUAAGGUUUCUUACUGUACAUCUCUCUCUCUCUGAUCAUUGAACAGCCCAAAUGGAUGGGCGGACGAUUUGGCCCAAAACAGAGGGUGGUGGUUCCAGCUCGUCAAGAAAUGGGCAAAGGCAUGGCGGGCGGGCGGCCACAUAGCUCCAGCUCACCCACCUUGUCCGCCUACUACUUCAUCUUAUCACAGACCAAAGAGUUAAAUCACAGCCAGUUCUAUCUUCUUCUUCCUGAAAGCUUCUUCAUUGAAUGCCUCUGCCUUCAUCAGCUUCAUCAUUUUCCCACUCUGCAUUUUCCCUGUUCUCUUUCUGGUAAACCCCAGAAACAGAAAUUCUUCCCAACCCGUGUGCAAAAAUCCUUUCUGUCCCUGUUCAGCUUGUAAAUGCCCGCCGGCGGCGGGGCAGUCUCUGCCAUCGGUGGAUUACUUGGAGAUAAGAAACAGACAAAUGUACAGAGAUAAUUCUAAUGGCAGGCACCACAUGUGAUGGAGGGGAAGUUUGUCCUCUUUCUUUUUGCCGCUUAACCCCCAAUCAUCUCGAAUUCCCUUCUCUGAGCUCUCACAUCGCCCCCUGCUUUUCUGCUCUGCUCUGUUCAGUCACUGUCCACAGUUCCCACCAGCUCCUCUAGGCUCCACUCUCCCUCCUUCUCCCCCAUAAACCCUGUUUGUUUGGUUUUUUCACCUUGGCUUACCAGCAAAAAGCAUUAUGUGGGACUCCGAGAGUGAAACCGGCGGCGGCGGCGGCGGCGGCCGGGAUUAUGGCAAUGGAGCUAUUUCCUCCACCAAACACGCCCUCCAGACUGAUGGGUUCGAGCUCAGAGACCGUUCCUGGUAUGUUGCUACUGAUAUCCCGAGCGAUUUCCUGGUCCAAAUUGAAGGCGUUCAGUUCCACCUCCACAAGUACCCUUUACUAUCCAGGAGCGGGAAAAUGAACAGACUGAUCUACGAAUCGAGGGAGGCAGCAGAGGUGAACAAGGUUGUUCUCGACGAUCUCCCCGGCGGCCCCGACGCAUUCGAGCUAGCAGCCAAGUUCUGCUACGGAAUCGCUGUCGAUCUAACCGCAUCCAACAUCUCAGGGCUAAGGUGCGCGGCAGAGUACAUGGAAAUGACAGAGGAUUUGGAGGAAGGCAACCUCAUCUUCAAAACCGAAGCAUUCCUCAGCUACGUGGUUCUUUCCUCGUGGAGAGACUCCAUCGUCGUGCUCAAGAACUGCGAGAAGCUGUCACCGUGGGCAGAGAAUCUCCAGAUCGUGAGGCGAUGCAGCGAAUCGAUCGCGUGGAAGGCUUGUGCUAAUCCGAAAGGGAUCAGGUGGGCUUACACUGGGAAAGUUCCCCCUAAGGUCUCCAGCCCCAAAUGGACUGAUAGCUCGUCGAGUCCUAGUCGAAACCAGCAGCCGGUUCCUCCCGAUUGGUGGUUCGAAGACGUUUCGAUCCUCAGGACGGACCAUUUCGUCAGGGUGAUCACCGCGAUUAAAGUGAAAGGGAUGAGAUUCGAGUUAAUCGGUGCUGCAAUCAUGCACUAUGCUACGAAAUGGCUCCCUGGGAUGAUCAAAGAUGGUGGUGGCAUUCAUGAAGGAAGCAAUAACAGUGAUUUUAGCGGCAGUGGUGGCAGCAGCUACAACAACAACAGCAGCAGCAAUUGGAAAGGCGGGCUGCACAUGAUCAUCGCAGGAGGAACUACGACGAACAAGGACGAUCCGCUCGCUCCCUCGGUGCAGAGCAAGGACCAGAGGAUGAUUGUGGAGAGCUUGAUCAGCAUCAUCCCGCCGCAGAAGGACAGUGUCUCUUGCAGCUUCCUUCUCAAGCUUCUGAGGAUGGCGAACAUGCUGCGAGUUGCGCCUGCUCUGGUGACCGAAUUGGAGAAGCGAGUCGGUAUGCAGUUCGAGCAGGCUACAUUGGCAGACCUGUUGAUUCCUAGCUACAACAACAACAACAAUGUCCGCGGCGGUGGGGAUUCGACUGCGACUACGACUACUACGACGACAAUGUACGAUGUGGAUCUUGUGCAGAGGCUGUUGGAGCAUUUCCUUGUGCAGGAACAGACUGCAGAGAGCUCUAGUCCUAGCAGGCAAUCGUUCUCUGAGAAGCAUGGCAAUAUGUAUGAUGGAAUGGCGGCUCAGAGAGGUGGUGGUAAUAAUCAUCCUAGUGCGAAGAUGAGAGUGGCGAGGCUUGUUGAUAGCUAUCUUACAGAGGUUGCUCGAGACAGAAACCUGUCACUGACUAAGUUUCAGGUUCUGGCUGAGGCUCUGCCUGAAUCCGCGAGGACUUGUGACGAUGGACUUUACAGGGCCAUUGAUUCUUACCUUAAGGCGCACCCGACGCUGUCAGAGCACGAGAGGAAGCGCCUCUGCAGAGUAAUGGACUGUCAGAAGCUCUCCAUCGACGCCUGCAUGCACGCCGCGCAGAACGAGCGCCUCCCGCUCCGAAUCGUGGUUCAAGUCCUCUUCUCCGAGCAAGUCAAAAUCAGCAAUGCCAUAGCCCACAACAACCACAGCAGCCUCAAGGAAACAGGGGACUCUGCAGCGGCGGCCGGUUUCUACCAACCCAUGGUGCCCAACAGGAAGACUCUGCUGGAGGGGACGCCGCAGUCUUUUCAAGAAGGUUGGUCGGCGGCGAAGAAGGACAUCAACACGCUGAAAUUCGAGCUGGAGACGGUGAAGGCCAAGUACAUGGAGCUGCAGGGGGAGCUGGAGAGCUUGCAGAGGCAGUUCGAGAAGGCGACCGCGGCGGCCGGUGGUGGCGGCGGCGGCGGUGGUGGUGGGAAGAAGCAUGGGUCGUCAGCGUGGGCGGUUGGUUGGAGGAAGUUGAGUAUGUUUGGUAAGGGUGGGGGAUUGGAUGGAAGUGAUCACGGUGGCGAUCAUCAUCACCGGGGGGCAGGGGAGGGGCAGGGGAGCAGCCGGAAGACGCCGGCGAGGCGGUGGAGGAACUCCAUUUCUUGAUGAUUUUGCAAGAGAGUGUUUGCUUGAUAUGUUGUGUGGUUAAUGUUUUUCUUUCUUGCACAUCUUAUUUAUCUAUUUUUUUUUUAACUUCUAUUGCUUAAUAUUUUAUUUCGAAAAUUUCGUUGAUGGAUUUUGAUUUCGAGAGCGAUAAAUGUUUGAUUAAUAACUAGCCAUAGUUGUAAGUGUGAUCUGUUCAGGUUUUAGAAGCAAUGUGGCAUCAGCGAAAAUUAAUAAGAUGCUUUCUUUCAUGAAAUA